GCAAGGUUGGGUACGUGGUUGCUGGGAGACCGUCGCCAGGCAACCGCGUGUACACUCACUCCAAGCCGAGCCGGCUCGCGGCAGUAUGGCGGCGCAGGGCGCCACUUCGAGCUCUCCCUCAGACGAGUCCCCGGUGUCCAAGUCGCCUACCGAGUUGCCGCCCACCCCACCACCGACCUCGACCGCGUUUUCGAAGUCGACGGAGAGCCCCCCGACUUCGCCGCUGGGUUGGGCCUGCCCCGAGGACUCGUUGCCCUUAGCCGUGUUUUAUGGGCCUCUGGACGCUAAAAACCCACUCCUGGCCUCUUUCGAGAAGGACAUCCGCGAGUUGUUAGGGUUUAUGAAGAAAAAGAAGGCUUUGGCUACAACGGAGCAACAGCGGCAGGAACUCCGGCGGCGUUGUGCCACCUCUCUGUUUGGUAUCUGGACUAAAUAUGCCCCCAGGCUGCCAAUUGACUAUUACAACCAAAAGCUUUUGAAGGUUGGAGAUAGCCUUUUUCAGAUGAAAGAAUACAAACUGGCUCUUUUACAGUGCUAUGGAAGAUACCUUCAGCAGUUCAGUACCAAUUUCGAUGAGAAUAAAGCAGAUGUUAAUCAAUUCAAAGCUAUUUUUUUCCCAAGAGGCUUUGAAGAUAAAACUGCUGGACUUACGUUUCAAGCCUUAAGUGGCAAAAAUAUGUGCAAGUACCAGCUGGUCUGUGACAGUGAUGUCGACUUGCAGAAUAAGGAGUCUGUGAUCCAGUGUCUGCACAUCUUGUCCUCCCUGAGGCUCAUCAUGCAGGUGGCUCUGCCACAGGAGCACCUCUGCUGGAUUAUCUUCAAUGGUACCAUUUACAUUUACACCAUUUGCAGAAAACUGAUGGUCAUAGGUCAGUCUUCCAAGGCCUUAGAGUAUCUCCUGUGGGCCAGCGUAUGUAUGGAGUCGUCUGUCUCACUCCUGGCCAUCAGGUACUUGACCUGGAGAGUUACUCUCUACACUGCCGUCUGCCAGUGCUACUACGACUGCCAAGAUGGUAUUCACGGAGAGGCAUUUGCUCGUCGUGCAUUGGCUAAAAUUGAUGAAUUAAGACAACUGGAAUUACUGAGUUUCUCAAAGUCACAGGAAGAAUCCUCAAGACUUUAUAGAGAGGCUGCAAUAAAGAUGGCAGUGAUGAUCUUCAAAAGAGGAGCCUUUGAAUCUAGAAGAAAAGUCAAAUCUAUAUUUAGACCAAAGAUAAGAAUUAACAUAAAGGAAGCACAAAGUUUGAUGUGGCCACGUACAAUCACAGAAAGGGUAUUGGAUGAGAUGUUUGAUUCCACUGCAUCCCGGUUCCUGGCUGUCGUGGAAGCUCUUUCUGAUUCAAAGAGGCGAAUACUGCAAACUGGACCUCUUGCUACAGAAGAAGUGGAGCUUCGUGAUGUUGUCUCAGAACUAUUUUUGGCAGGAAAAGAACUUUUAAUAAUGUCAAAUGCUACUACAGAUGGAAUAUUUGAUUUUCCAAGAACCCCUCUUCUGGAACUUAUGAUAGAAAGGAAAAAUGUUAUUUCUAUGGAUGUUGCUGUGAAAUUUGUAAAGUUAGCUUUUAAUUAUGAGGAAUGGAGUUUAUUUGAAUCUUUAGCUGGGAAUCUUAUUUGUUUUCUCCAGGGACAGGAUGAUCCAGAGUCAAAGAAGGCAGAGAAGGAUUUAUCUCUUCUGCUUGCAAUUGAACCACUAAUCAAUGUGAAGAAAAGCAAAGGUUUGAUUUUUCCUUUGGAAAACCAUAAGGAAGGACAGUCAAAUCUAAUUUCUUUAAAAAAAAUGGAUUCUGCUUAUGCCUUUGUGAAGGCUUGGGGAUAUUCAGACGAAAUUUUCCAUUUGGCAGCAACCUUGCAUUUCUGUGUCUGCACCUAUUCUCAGGAUGUCCAGCCUGACAAAGAACUUGUUGUGGACAUAAUCAUGUUCCUAUGGCAGAAAUGCAAGUUAGGAAUUCAGCGGAUCAGUAUGUCCAGACAUGACUAUACAAAAUUCACCCAGAGAAUCAGUAGUAACAAAUGGGUUUAUCUUCUGUGGCUGAUAAACGAAGUGAUUCAGUGCUUUAAAAUGAAAGACAUUGACAUUGUCGUAGUGGCAGAGAUCACUUUACGAUUAUGUGAAAUAUUGGAGUGUUUGGGAAGCCCAGGAAGAAAAUUUAAAAAAUCUCCAGACUUAUCUUUAAGAAAAGGGACUGAUGAAUUGUAUGAGUCCACAAAAGGGAUCCCAGACAUUCUUCCAAUAUUAAAGAAAAAACCUGUGGAACAAUUACUUCUUGCUUAUGAACUUCUUGACAAAGCAAUUGGUGGAAUACAUUUGAAUUACACGUUAAGCAUUUUGUCAGAUGGCUCAUCAGUAAUUGACCACAGCUACAUCAAGCACACCCAAGACAUAGAUGGAGAGAGUUACAAACAACUCACGGCAAAUAGUUUCAUGAUGGAUUUGCAUCUUCAACUAAUUCAAUCUCAACACCGAAUAGCUGUUGUGCUUCUUGACAAAUUGCAAGUUUUGCAGACGCCAACAGUUAGCAAAAAUGUUUCAACCAAAGGUCCAGAUAAACUGAAACAAUCUGGAGACAUUGAUUGUUUUACAGAAUCGAGUGUAAUGAAUAAAAUAAAGAAGAAUAAACUAUCAAAAGCAAUUUACUUAAUGGAGAAAGCUCUUUUAAUAUUUGAGAAAGAUAUGACCUCUACAUCUUCAUGGAAACUUUUGAGGGAAGCAUAUUCUUUAAUCGAGAAGACUGAAGCAGAACAAAAUGCCCUAUAUUCUUAUCAGAAAUAUUUGGAAAGCUCAAAGAGAAAGAAAAGCAAAGUCCCUCCUCCACCCAUCCUGUUAUCCCGAACUCAUUGUUCUGUGACACUCAAACCUGCUCCUUUUAUUUCGGAUGUCAGGAUCUCAUGGUACUGCAUUUUGGGCUGUAAAGUUGAAGGAAGUUAUGGCAAAGUACGACUCAACGACAAUCAUCUCCCAGAUUCAGGAGAAGCGAUACCAGCUGAUGGUAAAAGCAUUUUUGAAGUGAAAGGUUUAGAAACCAAUGAAAAGUACAUAUUUGCAAUUGCUGCUUAUUCUUCUAAUGGAAAGCUUGUUGGUGGUGCCAUUGGGGAGACAACCAAACCAAUUCUGAUUUAUCCACCUCUUUCUGCUGUUACAGCGCGGAUGUUCCUGACACAGGUUUCCUAUCAGACUGGCAACUAUGAAUUGGCUGAGAAAAUUUUCACACCAGUUUGGGAUUAUUUUGUUGCUUCACCACUUCAGGAUGAACAAUCAGUUGUUAGUUUAAACAAUAUAAUGACUAUUACACAGAGGAGAUUACAUUCAGAUGUUUUGGCAGAGACUUCUACAAUUCUUUUGUACCUUUUUCUUAGAAAUAUUUUUGUAACAAGUGACAUUAAAAUUAAAGAAGAAAAUCUUUUCUGUGAUAAUAUUAAAGGCAAUGAGAUUUUCCCUUCUCAACAAAUGGCUAGACUGACUGAAUGUGAGAGAGUGUUGGUGGCACUGGAACUUAGUAAUUUUCUAAAUGAUUCCAGUUAUGCCCUGCAAGCUGUGACUCAAUGUUACGGCCUCCUUGCUCCUAUAAUCUAUCACAAUAUCAUUUUGGUACCUGUUGUGCAGAUCUUGAUAAAGUGUAUAGUGGUUUUGCAAGGACUACCGAAUACCAUCUACUCGAAGAAACAUCCUGCAAGUUUUGAAAGUAUACAGCACAUGAUAGCUUGUUGUAUCCUCUACAUAACAAAGAUUCUGCGUUCAUGGAAGGAGUAUGACCUGGCAAUAAUGAUUAUAAAUUACGGGAAAAAGACAUUGGACAUCACAACAGCAUGUAAAUCUCUAUUUAGUAGUGAUCAAGAAGAUGUACCAGAGGAGGGUUCUUCUAAGAGGUUUUCAAAGACUAAGAAGCUGCAGCAGAUUCCGUUGCCUGAAAGAAUAAAUGAACAGCUGGGCUUGUUGGAAUCACACCUACUCAAACUGACAAAGCAAUAUAACUCUGAACUCUCAGGAACAGAAGACCCUAUAUUUCUGCACCCUAUAGUUGUAAACUGGUCAAUCAAAAAUGCCGUGAAAGAAGUUAUGAAAUUUAAGCAUAGACCUAGAUUCCUGGAAUUCUUUACACAAAUUAUGCUAAAAUGCUUGAAUGAUGAAAAGUUUCACCUUACGGUGGAGAUAACAGUUCCUGUCCAUGAAUUCCUGAGAAGGAGAAAUGAAUCCCUACUUGGAAUAAAAAAACCAAAAUAUAGAGACAGUAGCUUGAAUAAAAAGGGAAGCAAACCUUUGAAGAGGUUCAAAGCUGCAGUAGUAGAGUUUGGAAAAACUGCAGAAAUAAUACACAGAAGAAGUAAAAGAAGAGAAACGCUACGAGAUUUUUUUGCCAAAAAUUCAGCUAUUUUUGAAAUGCCAGAAAAUGAAAGAAAUAAGAGAGCUGAUGUUAGAAAAGUUGCACAUCGAUACCUGCUAGAUCGCUUGAAUCCUCUGAUAUUAAAUUACAUUAGAAGAAGGAGAUUCCAUCAGGUAUUUCUUGAGGAGAUGCCCUGGAAAGCACAGAUGAACCUGUAUCUGGCAAUCGCACACUUUCACUUGCUUUUACAAAAGCUGGGAGAGCGUAUGAAAAUGAAAUAUGGCAUUUCCCACAUGAUGUUCAGUUUCCGAUCAUGUGAUCCUAGUAUAUUCUCACUCUAUAAUUCAGGAACAGUAUUACCGACAGCAAAAUUGACUAUAGAAAAUUAUAAAGCAAUGCUUGAUUUACUUCUUACAGUUAAAAAACGAAAGACCAACUUAUCACCAGAUGCUGACGAAUUUUCUGCAUUUGCUAAUUCCAAAACGGCUGACGAGAAUAUGCCAAAGACACACACUAUUUACAGCUCAGACUCUCCAUCAGGUCUUAGUACUAAAGAAAAGGAUCGAGGAACUUCGAGUCUAUUGGAUCAUUUUCUGAAAGUCUUUUCAUAUUGCAGGAAAGCAAUGGUUCUCGCUCACCGUGGCGGUUAUUGGACUUUGCUUCAGAACUGCUGUCGGGUCUUUUGGAAUUUUACUCAGGAGCUACAAAUACUUCUCAAACAAACAGUGGAUAUUUAUAAAACAUCUCCUGUUAGUCAGGAGAGUUUCCUCUGUAUCUCUGUCAUACCAUUCUAUUUGGGGGCAGAAUUCCUUAUUGACAUGUUACUACAUCUGCAGUGUACCAAGUCUGUUAAGUCCAUUGAAGACGAAGGAGAGUUCAAUGUUCCAAGCUGUUAUGGGAAUAUUAAAAAUGAUAAUGGUGGUUCUAGCCUUACUUUUGAGCAUCCUUUAGAUGAUGUAAAUGUGGUUGAUUUGAAAUGGAUCCAUGACUUUGUAUUAAAAUCUCUGGAAAUUUUAUAUCAAGUGGAAAAAUGGGAAACACUAAUAUCGCUUGCCAUUCAGUUCAAUGGAAUUUCACAUGAAAGGUAUACUGAACAAGUGACACCACUUCUGGUAUAUGCACAGCGCCAGCUUCUCCUGAGAAUACAGAAGUUCAAGGGCCUAGAUAUCACCCAACAACCUUGUACAAUGUAUGAGUCCGAAUGUGGAGAGAAGAUAACCUGCCGAAAUUUCAUUGGGAAGCAGCUUAUCAUUAAUUCUUCAACCAUUGAAGAAAUGGAAACAAUAUACUACACAGAGUUACUAAAAGUGCUUGUCAGUUCAGAAUACACCAGAGCCAAACAGCUUGUCUGCGUGCCCGUGGAUGUGUCAGACACCUUGAGAUGUUUUAGGGAGACCCUGGAAAAAUCCAAAUAUUAUAACAGAUUAGUGCGACACAGCAGAAAGUUACUUUUAUUAUUUCUCGCACAGACACAAGGAGAGAAAGGAGGAGCAAACACUUCCAAAUUCACUCCUGCAAAGGUGACAUUUUGCCCGGGGACGGAAGAGAUCCAUAUGUCCACACCCCCUGACUUUUCUCAGGAGCAAUUCAGAGUUGCUAGCUCAGUGGAGAAGAGCAAACUUCCCUAUUCACAGCUUGGACUUGUGAUUUCUUCUUAUUACCAAACUAUCGAUGUUCUUCAAGCCAGCAAUCAAAGAAGUCUUAAAGUUCAGGCACUGCAUUCUCUUGGGAGUCUUCUCGUCUUCGCAGAAAAGAAAAGGGCUGCUUUUAAGUGUUGGUGUCAAGCUCUUGACGGCCUAUUCAGAAAGCCAGAUGUGCUCUAUACAUGGAAAGAGCUUGGCCCGUCACUCACCAAUGCCACAAACGGCUCUUCACCUCCUGGCUUCCAAGACUACAGUGAAGAGUUUCUGUCCAAAGUUGGCAUUUGGGGGUGUUUACAAGGAGCAGUCAUAUCAGCAAAGAUAGCACAAUUUAUUCAGACAUCGAAUGUUAAAAAAAGAACCAACUGUUGCAUUUUGUCAGCCUUACUCUUUCAGGGUUUGCUUAGAACCACGCUUCCUCACCCCAAAGCUGAACAUUGCUAUGCUCAGUAUGAAAUCACCCAGCUUCUCCCAGGCAUGCACCUCUUUUCAGAUAGAUUCAGGGCUGACAUUUGCUCCGUGGUUGCAAGUCUGUAUUAUGUUAUACGUGAACUGCAUUUUGUUAAGCAAAAUCUAAUGGUGCUGCCUCUCCUCGCCUUAUACCAAUAUUUUGUUUCUGGAAUUUGCCAAGACCUAGUCAGAAAUCUAGAAGCAAGAAUCCUUAAGAUAGAAGUCCUUAUAGAUUUGGGAUUUUUUUCUGAUGCUUUUAAUGAGAUAAUGCAUAUUGUUUAUGGAAAAAACAUGCCUUGCUCAAUACCCGCUGGCUAUAAACCUAUUGGAAAAAUGAAGAUAGUUCAGUCAUUUGACCCAGGAAAACCUCUUUGCAGUAAAGAAAAUAUACAGGCACUUGAUGAAUUAAUAAAUAAAGGAUUGCCUCCAAUUCUAGUUACACUUGGCCGACAGCAUCUCUUAAAAAAGUUUGUUUUCGUGAAAGCAUACUUUUUCAUAAGCGUGGCCGCGACAAUAAAUUGUACUUCAGAAAACACGUUCUGUCUUGGACAUGUUGCUGACAAGAGCAAACCAAACCUUCCAAACUUGAAAGAGCUAUACUCAAAGGAUAAUGGAUACUCAUUUUGUAACCUUUCAAAGGUUAAAGAAGAGUCCACUUUCAGCAUGUUAAAGACAAUUUUGCUGGCGGAAGCUGAAGACAAGAUAAACAUCCUUUUGUCAGAGAAAGAGCGUCUGGGCCACAAGAACCUCUCUCAGUGCUCUGCUGGGGAGUUGGAGAUUGUGGUGGAGGGCAGACUUCAGCUGGCUGCCAUCGCCCUGCAGAGACACCGGGCAGCAUACAGUGCAGCAAUAGUAAUUUCCACACUUCAGCUUCUUCACGAUUCAAAACUCUUUAAGAAGAAGGUGGUACAAGAUAGCACAGAGAACCCCAUCUCUCCAAGAACUUAUACAACUGAAAAUAAAGAUGAUAAUGAGUUUUUGGACCCUAUUUCCCUGAAUGCCCGAGAAUAUUUCAACAUUCAUCUGUGGCUGAGGUGCCGCUUAGCAUUGGUGACUGCAUUUGUUGCACAGAUCCGCGGCAUUGGAAUCGUGAAAGAGAACGAUAUGACAGACUGUAUGAGCCUCAUCAAUGAAGUAUGUAUGGAGGCAAAAAGCGCAGACAACCCGGAGCUACAGGCUGAAUUCUUGAUGCAAGCCGUGGUCCUGGGCCUGCAAGAAAAGCAUUUAAAGGCAGACAUCAUAAAAAACCUUCAGGACAUAAUACAUCUGCUUGAAGGAAAUGAAUUUAUUUCUCCUCGAUCUUCGUUAACGAUGGCAAGAAGUCUGGUUUUGCUGGAUGACUUAACCAAAGCUGAGAAAUUCAAGGAAUCUCACUUUUUAAAAACAGAAAAAUUAUCUUUGUUGACUCCAGCUCACAACAUCCUUAUUAAACAGAUGCUAAAUUUUGGAGAAAAAAUUGAAUUUCCUUUAUCAAAUACUGAAUAUGCAAAUCCAGUGCAACCUUUGAAUAAUACCUAUCUUCCUCAUGUCCUGUUAUUGGCCAAAAUAAAAAUGAGAAUUGGACAUACAAUGGCCAAGCAAAUAUACUAUAGCUAUAAAAGGAAGGACCCCUCAAAGUGGCUACCUGCUCUCCGUCUGUUUGAAACGGCCCUGACACUCUGCAAGACAGCAGCAAGAGAGGAGAAUGAGGUGGAGGCGGAAAUCCUUUUCCAGAAAGGCAAAAUAGAACGUCAAAUAAUGAUGGAAGAGAAAUCUCCAACUUUACAACUUGAGAGUUUAUGUGAAGCUAUACAACUGAGCUUGAGAAAUGACCAAAACUCAGAAUUGAUAAGAAAUUCCUACCUAGAAAUGGCCCUAUUAUAUUUUCAUCUGAUGAAGCCAAAGAGAAGAAUGUCAUCAUCACCAUUAUUGCUUAAGCCUCCUUUCAGAAGAAGCAGUUCUGUUAAAGAACAAGCAGCAGAUAAAUUUGAAUUGUACAACUCAUUGGCCUGGAUUGCAAUAAGAGCUGCUGCCCAGGUCAAUGAAGCUGUGCUGGCAAUUAACCUCCUUAUUGGAAAGAAGAACACCAGAACCGAUGAAGUUAACCAAGUGGCCUUACCGAAUAUCCCAGAAUUUGCUGCUGUAGAUCUUUUGUGUUCAUAUACAGAUUAUUUGUUUGCAGACUAUCAGGUUGUCUUCCAGACUUGCGAUACAUUUUUGUACCAAAAUGAUGGCAUAUAUGAAAACGUAGAUGCCAGUACCAGGACUCAGACCAGAGUGGAUAUCACCUGGAUCCUUCUACUGCGCUACUAUAUUCACCUUCAGAGGAUUAAUAAUAUGAACAAACUGCUAGCAUCUUCAAUGCUGGGAUCUGGAAUUUCUGUGCCAGAUGAUACACUUCUCACAUCCCUUUACAACUCCGAGUUGAUUUUGCGUCAGAAAGAAAUGCAUUUUUUCCUUAAAAAAUUCUUAGAGCUGUAUUCUUCUUCUUGUAUCGAUGAAUUUCCAAGAGAACUUCUUCAAGGGCUGGAAAACCCACCUCUUCCCGAAAAAGUCUUAUACGAAGCAUCAUCCAAGUUAAGCUGUACAAGUUCUGCACACUCCAUUUCAUCUGUAAAGCCCACUGCCAGCCCUCCUAAUACAGACACAGUGACAUCAGAAAGGGCAACACAAGCUUUACACAAAGAACUUUGCUUUCAGUGGUACAUUCCUCCUCUGGACAAGCCUCCCAAGGAAACAGAACCUAUGGUUUUAUUGCUGUAUGCAUAUAAUAUGAAGCCCCUGAAGAUGGCAGAUAUUAAGCACUCCACUUUUAACUGUAUAUCUGUUGGUUCGUUAUGGGUUUCACUGAACAGAGUUAUCGAAAUUCAUGAGAAACUAUCUAAUCUUGUGCAAAUAGCCGAAAUAUCAUUGCCAGUAGCUCCUGAAAUUAUUUCAAAUGAAAAUGUAUCUCCAAUAGAUGAAACAGAAGAGAAAUCAAUUGAUAAGGAAAUGGAGCACAUGAUUAUUGGAUGUUGCUCUGAAAUAAUUUCUCUAUUUGCGACUGAUAAAGAAUCAACACCACUCUCUGAGGUCCCAUUUGACAUCUCGCUUCCAUCUUUAUUCAAUCUCGAGAGACUCUUUGACCUUGCUAAUGGCUGUAUUGUAUCAGGAGGAAGCCUUUUCAACUGGGUGGUGUCCCUUAUUCCCGAAUCUCCUUUAUCCGGUGACUGAGGAGAAGAGUGACAAGUUCCUGCCACUGACAGUAGACAUUUAAUAAAUAUUGGGUGACUGAAAGGAAUGAAUGGAACAAAUGACAGCCGGGCCUCCAGGGAAGAUGCGCACGCGGAAUAUAAUGGAAGAGAAACAAACAAAAGGCUAGAGGCCUGAAAGGAAGCCGUGUUGUAAUGAACGAGAAAGAGCAAAAAACAGCCUUGCCCGAUGACUGUGCCCUCACGUGAAAUAAAGUUUAGUUCAAACAGAACAGCCAUUUGUGUGGUGGCGGCUGACUCCGUUGUAAGUGAAGGCUUCCAGGAGUUUUGGCCUGGGAUUGGAGUUUAAAAAUGUCUUUGCUGGGUGGGAGAACACUUCGAAGGAUUUAUGUUUUUCAAUGUUUGAUGUUCUACUUAUUGUGCAAAGUUUGGCCAUGGAGGCCAGAACGGAGCACCAAAUGACCUAUACAUUUAAUACAGGUGUGUUUCAACCUAAUGUUAAAUUUCCCAUGAAUGUGUAUUCCCAUCUUCUAUUCUUGGUUGCUAUUAAGUUUUUGUUAAUUGGAUGCUUUUUGUUUUUCUCUGUUUUAAAUAUUAGUGAAUAUAAAUGCAUGUACUGUUUUUAUAGAACCCUAG